AUGAGUGAGGCGACGGACUGUGGAGCGUCCGCGGACUCUGCCUCACGGAAACGAUGCCCAUCACCGGGGACAGACGACGUGCCGUGCAAGAUCCGUAAAGAAAGCGAGCACGGAGCCCCGGAGUUGACCACGGAGGGAACCACGGAGAAUGGGAAAAACAGUGCGUCGGACUGUAAAGAUGCGGAUGGAAAUGAAUGCAAUAAUGAUAAAGCUGUAGUAGAGAGUGGAGCGGACACUUGUGCACAGACUGUCCUGGAUGCAAAAGCAGAGAGACCGGAGGACAAGAACGGUGACAAACCAGAGAGUGCACAAGAGAAAAAACAAGACAAAUCCAUUACCCCUUUACAUCAGCUGGAGUCUGCUGCCAUAGCUGCUGCUGAGGCACUUGCCAGUCUCACAGGCAGAGACAAGGGGGGCAACCAGGAGGCAGCUUGCUCCUCAGAAAAAGGGAAACACAUGAAACAGAUGAGCAAGUCUAAAGUGCGUGGGACCUCCAAAACUCAAGCAGCAGCCGCAGACAGCUCCACGACUAAAGAGGACGCUGAGGAUGAUGGAGAGGCUGAUGAGACUGACGAAUCAGUGUCAGGGUCUUCCUCCACCCCCAACUCCUCUUUUGCUUCUGAAAAGGAGGAGAAUGAAGACGGGGAGUGCGCCAUCGUGUCUGUGAAGAUGGCUCCAGAGAUGAGGCAGACAGUCACUCUUUUGGCUCAGGUUCAGAUGAAGUUGGAGGCUUUGGAGAGGAAGAGCGCGCGGCUUCACCAGCGCCUGGACGUCAAGAUAAACCGCCUCAGACGCCCUCAUCUAGACCAGCGCAGCACCAUCGCCAAGACCAUUCCUGGCUUUUGGGUCACAGCUCUGUUGAAUCAUCCGCAUCUAUCUGCUCAUAUUGAUGAAACUGAUGAGGAUGCUUUGAGCUACAUGACAGACUUGGAGAUUGAGGCAAUCAAAAAUGGCAAGCUGGGUUAUAGGAUUCGGUUUCACUUCAGAAGGAAUCCAUAUUUUCAGAACAAUAUCAUCAUGAAAGAGCUUCACCUGGACCUGGGACUAGUAGGAGGAACUCCCAUAUCGUACUCUAACCCCAUCCUGUGGCAUCGUGGCCACAACCUGACCACCCACAGCGAGCCCAAGAAGACCGGGCGAGGUGUCUACCAGACCUUCUUCAACUGGUUCAGUGACCACAGCAACCCAGCACAGGACGAUGUAGCACAGAUUCUGAAGGAUGACUUGUUCAGAGACCCUUUGAGAUACUACCUCACACCGCUGUGGGAGCCCAGGGAGAACGGAGGAAGCGCCAGUGGCAGCAGAGGCAACGGCAAAGACGACGGAGACGACUGCGUGGUGAUCUCCGACUCUGAGGAGGACCCAGAGAGCGAAGGAGACAGCAGCAGCAGAGGAGACGACCGAGAGGAGCCUGAUGAUGACGAGGAAGAGCAGGACCAAGACAUGAACCCUGCAGCAGAUGAGAGCCCAGCAGAGGACGAGGAGGAUGAAGCUGGAGAAAUAGUAAUAGAUGGCUCAGACGACUCGGACGAGGAAGACGCCAUGGACAUUAAAGGAUAA